AUGUCUUUUGAGAAUGCAUCCGUGACCAAAGGUCUCAUCAUUUUCUCUGCCACCUCAUCUGUAUGUUUUGGAAUAUUCGAUUUGAAGCACUAUCUUCAUCUCCAAUUUGUGCCACAUAUAUCAACCUAUCACCAGUAUUGGCGCUUGUUUAUCCACCACUUGGCUUUCUCGAAUUCAAGCGACCUCCUCUUGGCGGUUCUACUCCUUUAUAAUGUCGGGAUACAUAUCGAGCGUCAGUUCGGGAGUGUCAAAUAUGCAUCGUUCGUGUUCAUGUCUUUGUUGCUAGCAACACUAUUGGAAUUUGUGACUCUCAUGCUCUUCAAUCGAGUGGGCAUCAACAAGUUUGCGACAGGACCGUCUGCUCUUAUUUUUUGCAUCUUGUACCAAUACUCCCGAAUCGUUCCCCCGAGCUACAUGUUUAAAGUUUUUGGAUGGACAUUCACCAAUAAAAGUUUCAGCUAUCUUUUAGCCCUUCAGAUGGCAAUAAGCCGACUACCAAGUUCAGCUGUGGUAGCGAUCAUUGGACUGUUGACCGGUCAAUUAUACCGUUCAGAUUUAGCAGGCUUCAAUACCUACCGCCUACCUCCAUCAGUGGUACAGUUUUCCAGGAGAUAUUUGUCUCCCGUUAUCGGUUCACUUCACCCUCCUAGAAGAUCCAAUCGCGCUCUUCCAGACGGGUCUCGAGGUGAUGGGUCACAGAAUCGUCAAGGUAUCCGGCUGAAUGAAGAAGUAAUUACGACCGCUAGACGUCGAAGGUCAACCACGCCGAGGAUACCUCUCCCGACAACAACUACCACAAACCAAGGAUUGCCCUCAGAGGGACUCACUGAAUGGGUGGGGGACUUGGUUGAAAGAACCGGAAGUGCUAGAGUGGGCCUACGUAUCCCAACAGAUGCAGAGAUAUCUACAGCGGUGGGCAUGUUUCCUACAAUAGAGCGAGAGGUGGUGAUUGGUGUGCUCCAGCGAAGGUACUUUCCUGUCAGGCAUAUUUUGAUCGAAGUACUUCGGCUAACUAUCUACUUUAUUCAGCCCAAAUGUAGAAGCUGCGAUUGA